GGCCCUGCCCUUCGGCCCGCCCCACGGCCAGGGCCUCCGGUCGGUGCGCCGGCCUCAGAGCUACGGUCUGGCCGCCAUGCGUGGACCUUGAAGCGUCUUGCGGUUUCGAAGCGCCUUGACAUCUCGGAAGGCUUUAUAUUGCAAACUAAAUCCGAGCGCUUUGUAGUCCCGGAAGUGCUUUGGCGGCUCUGAAGUAGCGCGGUGCAAGCCGAAUCGCCUGGGGAUCUUGCAAGCACGUUGUGAGCUUGGAAACCAGAGCGAAGCCUUUAAAUCUCGAAUGGUUUUGACUUCCUCGAUGCGCUUUGGAAUCGCAAACUGAGUCGCAGCGCUUUGGCAGCUUUGAAACCUUGAGAACUGUGAUGGGCAGUGGAAAGAAGAGGGAAAGGUGCCCAUGGCGUCGGAGCGGCGCAAGGUCAAGUACCACUGGAGCAGCUCUUCGGAAGGGUGUCCCAGCAAGCGCAGCUGCCUCCGGGAGCCCAGUGAUGUGGCCCCCUCCAGCCGCUCUGCUCGUAGCUCUGCGUCGCGGUCAGCAGGGGCCAGCAGCCCAAAGCGCUUGAAAGCCCACAAGGAGGACGAUGUGGCCUGCGCGCCGAGGUUAUCCUGGAGCUCAUCUCGUCGCAGAAAUUCCUCCUCCUCCUCCUCUUCGCAUUCCUCCGGCCCAGGUGUGGGCGGGGCCGCCUCCAAAGGCUGCGUGAUUCGGAGCACUCGGGGGUUCCUUUCCUCCGGGGAAUCCCCUCUGCACCCUGCCAACCCCUCUCUAGAAGAAAUGGCUUCUCUAGAAGAGGAAGCCUGCAGCCUUAAGGUCGAUUCCAAAGAUAGUUCUCGUAGCUCCACGAACUCCGAAUUUGCAGCUGAAGCUGAAGGUCAGAACGAUAGGACUGAGGAGCCAGAUAAGGUCCAGAAAAGGAAGAGGGACAGACGCCGAGACCAAGGCUCCACAGUGAUCUACCUGAAGGCUAUCCAGGGCAUCCUGGGCAAGUCGGUGCCCAAGCGGAAGGGCGAGCCCGUCCCCAGGACAAAACCGAGCCCAGGAGAGCGUCCGAGCCGAGGAGAAGGACUGGCCAGCGCGCCCCAGAAAGAGAAGGAGUCAGCCCCAAAGGCCAGGGUGGAGGAGGAGAAGCCUGUGCUCGAGCGGGCCAGCUUCUGUGACAGGAGAGUGGUCAUGGAUCCUCCGGACAGGCCCAGCCAGGAGCCUCUUGGUGACCGCAGGACAGUCAUUGACAAACGCUCUCCGUCCCUUGAGUUUUUGGACGACUCUGACUCUCAUUUGGAAGGCCAGAAGCAUAAAGACAGGGAGGUGGUGAUAGAGCACCCCUCUUCAGGAAGCGACUGGUCCGAUGUGGAUGAGGUUUCCACAGUCAGGUUCUCUCAGGAGGAGCCCAUCUCGCUGAAGUACUCGGCAGUUCCAGAGCCUUCUUCCUUCACCACCGACUACGUCAUGUACCCGCCUCAUUUGUACAGUAGCCCUUGGUGUGACUACGCCAGCUACUGGACCAGCAGCCCCAAGCCCUCCGGCUACCCCUCCGUGGGCAGCAGCAGAGACGCGGCCCAGGCUGAGAGGAGCAGCCGGAGCCUCCUGAGCGAGUAUCCCUCCAACUCCACAGUGGGUGCCCGUAGCACUUCCAGGGACCUGGAGGCCACAGAGGAAGGCCGGUCCCGAAAUUCUCGCUCCUGUCGCUUCUCCAGAAGCUCAGAAGAAGAGAUGAAGGAGAAGAGAACAUUCCAAGAGGAAGAGCCGCCACGUCCCUGUGGAGGACCCGCAUCUGGCUCCCUGCCAAGGAGCCACCGGGAGCCGAGCCUGGAGGAGGGCUUCAUUGACACCCAUUGUCACCUGGACAUGCUGUACUCUAAGCUGUCUUUCAAAGGGACCUUCACCAAGUUCAGGAAGAUUUAUAGCAGCUCCUUCCCCAAGGAGUUUCAGGGCUGCAUCUCUGACUUCUGUGACCCUCGGACUCUGACGGAUUGCCUGUGGGAGGAGCUGUUGAAAGAGGAUCUAGUUUGGGGGGCCUUUGGCUGUCACCCUCAUUUUGCACGUUACUACAAUGACAGUCAAGAAAGAAAUCUUUUGCAAGCCUUGAGGCACCCCAAGGCUGUGGCGUUUGGGGAAAUGGGCUUGGAUUACUCGUACAAGUGCACCACGCCUGUCCCGGAGCAGCACAGGGUGUUUGAGAGACAGCUACAGCUGGCCGUGUCUCUGAAGAAGCCCUUGGUGAUCCACUGCCGAGAAGCUGACGAAGACCUGCUAGGCAUCAUGAAAAAAUUCGUGCCCUCUGACUACAAGAUCCAUAGGCAUUGCUUCACCGGCAGCUACCCUGUCAUCGAGCCCCUGCUGAAGCACUUCCCCAACAUGUCUGUGGGCUUCACUGCCGUCCUGACGUACUCCUCCGCCUGGGAGGCCCGGGAAGCUCUGCGGCAGAUCCCGCUGGAGAGGAUUAUUGUGGAAACUGACGCUCCCUACUUCCUCCCUCGCCAGGUUCCCAAAAGCCUUUGCCAGUAUGCCCACCCAGGCCUGGCCUUGCACACCGUCCGCGAGAUCGCCAGGGUCAAAGAUGAGCCACUCUCCCGCACCUUGGCCACCUUACGUGAGAACACCAGUCGGCUCUACAGUCUGUAGACAGCGAGCUCAGGCAGGAGUCUCCUGGGAAAGAGUGACAGCAGCUUGACCUGACGUAGGCCUGGUCCGAAUGCUGCCUGUUCCCAGGCCACGGAUGUGUUUGGAGAGCCCACCGGACAGAGGAAACCUGGACAGGAUGUGUUCCUCAAAACCCGUCAUGAGGCUUCACCUCGUGGCUGGCGGGGAGGGGAGUGGUGUGGUGGGGUGCCGAGGAUGUGCCGUGGGGGUAAGGGGACUGCUGGGAAUGUCCUCGGGCUUCGCCUCCAGACCCAGACGCCCCAGGGUAGUCAGUGAGGACGUGUGAUGCCAGUGCAGACUUCUGUCCGCAGCUCGUGUGU